AUGGCGGCUCGCAGGAUGUUUGCCCCAGGGCUGUUAGCAGCAAGAGUUAUUUUUAAUCAUUCAUUACCAACACCUCAACAAACAUUUAGAUGUUCAGGGGGUACAUCUAAUUAUUCACAACCAAAAGGAGAUGGCUCGCUUUAUGCCCUGAUUGUUGGAAUUACAGCACUAGGUGCCGGAGUCUAUGUUUAUAUAACACUCUAUAAGGACAGAGACAGAUUUAAGGAAAGAAUUGUGUCUGUCUCCACCAGCUUUGAAGGGAAACAUGAAGAUUUGAAAACGACAGGAUCAAAAGAGGAUGCUACACAAACUGUGAAAAAAGCAGAUUCGCAAGGUGAAAUAGAAUAGAAACAAGUCAAGUGAAGGUACCUGCAACCAGUGCAGUGUUAACUCAUGUUCCUUAUAUUCUGAUUGGUGGAGGCACAGCCUCUUUUGCCACUGCUCGAUCCAUACGUGCAAGAGAUCCAGGAUCUAGAGUCCUGAUAAUAUCAGAGGAGCUUGAUCUUCCCUACAUGCUCCCCCCUUUUUCUAAGGAACUGUGGUUUUCUGAUGAUCCUGAUGUGUCCGAAACCUUGCGCUUAAAACAGUGA